AAACCCACACUGCUUUUAGCCACCCAACAAGAGACAGCAACUUCCAACAACCUCAAAGUACAUAUCCUUAUAUCCACAGCUCUAUGGAUUUCAAGCUAAAUAAAUAUAAUCUCAAAAAUCAUUACACGCCGCACAAGACCCAAGCCCAAAGUGCAAUAGCAAUAUCAGAAUCUCAGCAAUCUCGAAUACAACACAAUCGAGCUUCAAACAGCAAAACUACCAUUAAAAAGAGGACUGAUAAAACAAGAUCAACCUUGUUUAACCAAGGAUCGUUGAGAAUAUCCGUGCCGCGCUUGUGCACGAUGCAAGGUCCGGGAAUCGCGGUCGACAUCGCCCGCCGCCGGCACUGGCGGAAGCCCGACGCCACAGAUCGCGCCACCCUCCACAUCACCUUGCCUCGAUCGAAAUCCAAAAAU